AUUUGCUCUAUAUAAUUUAUACCCCGCAAAGCAAGAAAAAACAACCAUUGAAAGUUUCUCGGAUUUGCAAAUAUCUUUUCCUCUCGUUUCGCAGUCGUAAACCAGCUCCUCUUCACGGGUAGAUGGCAAUCGGUAGAUGUAGUUGGCACACCGAUCGAAUCCACUCGAGGCAUCGUGUUGCUGUCAGAAGAAUAUGGAAUCAGAAGACAGAGAGAAUCGUGGAAUCAUGUUUCGAAAACUGCUGUGCUAGAAAUUACAACACGAUCUUUUCUUUGUUUGUUCAUGGAGUUGUUGAAUAUUCCUGUUUCAGUUGGAGCUUCUGGAGCUUGGUGGAUGAUAUUGUGAGAGAUACUUAAUGAGAGAAUCGUUCUGUGAGGUUAAAACAAUCGCUCCUCCCUACCAUCGACUCAAGUCACGGAUACCUUCACCAUGACUUCCUCACCCCUCAAAGUCGGAUUGAAAACCGCUUUUGAUGGUUUUCCAGGAGCUUUCCAAAAGAUUGCCAUAAACAAUAACAGUGGUGGCAAAAUGGAGAUUUCUUUUCAUCGAACGGUUCGGAUCCCGGAUGACGGCAAGAACUACCAGUUUCCCCCUAACCUUGGAAAAUUCCCUAUUUAUUCAAUAGAUGAUUAUGCAGAGAAGCUACCUCUCGACAUCGUUAGAAAGGGAGGUGUGUUUGUUCCUAUUUGGCAGCGCGAGGCUUUGUGGAUUAAAUUUCAUGCGUACGAGACUUCGCGAUUUGCGGUUAAAGUCUUUGUUGGCGGAAUUAAUGCUAUGCCAGAAGAGAGCAGACAUUGUGAGAUGAAACCUGGGGAGCCUAUCGCUGAAUCAGACGAAAAGCAAGAUUAUCUUGUAGUGCCAGGACAAGAAUGGUUUGGCGACUUUGUCAGAAUUAAUGAGACAGACAUGCAACUUGUCGCAGUGCCUACUGGCUCAGGAUACUUGGUUGAAGCACAGAUCAAUGGUGUCGACAAGAUCGCUAGCCUUCGGUUCGAAAUCAUUCCGUUUCGCGUAUUGUCUCAUUUUGAUGGCAAAAUAAUCAUUAAAACUCUGACGGGCAAGAGUUUCCCUGUGCAUGUGAGCUCCGACAUGACUGUUGCAACGCUCAAGGAUCGUAUACAGGGCAAAGAAAGCAUACCGAUAGAUCAGCAGCGUCUUAUAUUUAUGGGAAAGACACUUGAAGAACACCAUACCUUAGGAGAUAUUAGUGUAGAAGAGGGAAUGACUGUGUAUUUAGUUCUCAAACUGUGUGGAGGUUUCGGUUUUUCAAAUUUGUUCUCUUGGGAGAAAGAACAACUACAAAAUGAAAUGAUGAGAGAAUUCGAAAAGAUGAAAAAAGAGUUUUACGACAGAGAUCAUGAACUGACAUUGGCACCCGGUGGUUCUAUUCAUCAAGCGAUUCGAAAAGACUGUUUUCAAAGAGAGAGAUAUGACGAAAGGAAUGCAGUUAUGUUCAACAUACAAUUACUUUCCCCCAAAACAUUCCACUUAGUUACAGGCACACCACCUCCUCAGACUCCGAUUUCCGUGGGAACCUACGCUAGAUACGGAUAUCCAUUCUUCGAGAUUUACAACGAGCGAAGAGCUUUCGCGGGUACUUUCGAAGGGAUUCCGAAACCCGUAGGAGAUAUCGAUAAGGAAAAGAACGUGAAUUUGGAAGUCCACCAACGAGAGAACGGUUUGCAUUUCAGGAGUGUGAAAUUGAAUACGGUGGAUAAGAUGAGCCAAUUCUACACUGAAAUGGCUCUUCCAAAUAAGAACGGGCAGAAUCAAUAUCGAUAUGGUAGUUAGAACAUUUGGAAGGAAGGCAAUAUGUGAUAGCUCAGACAGAUUGGCUGUUUUAUGCUGUUUAUGAUUCAAGGGUAUCGCAUAAUUGAAAUAGACUGAGUUUACAGAGCCUCAUAUGUUUUCCCAGUAUACUUUGAGCUUAUGACUGUAUUCUA